AUGGGCUUCGAGACCCUUCCAGAGCUCCAAUCGAAGCUUCUCCACACUUGGUGCUCCUCUCCAUUUGUCCACCCAGCUCCCCAGACCGGAGCUCAUAUAUAUCUCCUCCCGCCGUACAUUGCGCGCCCACCACAGCGAUCCGGAGCACGCCAGAAACCACGAGAAGCGAAGAAGCAAUCGGAGAGCAGAGGAGGGGCCCUGCCAACGACGACGGACCGAGGCAGCUGUGAGAGUGUGACCCCGGCGGAGGCGGCGAUGGUGGUGCUCACGGAGGAGUUCCAUGGCCUGUCGCUGAAGCGGAAGGGCGCCCACGAGCCGGGCCUCUUCGACGACGCCAGCGCCGGCGCCGACGACCGCUCCUCCGGGUUCUCGCCCUCCUGCCGCGCCACCAAGAUGCGGCGCCUCGCGUGUCCCGGCGGCCCCCGCGACGGCGACGACCAGGCCGCGGUGGGCGGCGCCCCGACGCCGGCGUGGGAGGACGACGUCACGAUGGGCGAGGGCGACGCGGCGGCGGCGGCGCCGUCUCCUUCGCCUGGCGCCGUUGAUAACGACGACGAGAGGGCGGUGGUGGUGUACGGUGACGGAGUCGGCAGCAGCAGCAGCAGCAGGCGGAUCGACGCCCCGCGCCUCCGCGCGGACUGGAUCCGCGCCAUGCUCCGGGAGGCGGACAGCAGGACGGUGCGGGAGCUGCUCGCCGGCGCUGCCUUGGAACGGGGCUGCGAGCCCGACCUCGCCCUGGCCGUCGUGCCGUGGGUGGCGCCGACGCCGGCGGCGGAGGAGGAGGUGGCCACCGAGGAGGCGUCGGACGGCGCGGCGGCGAUGGACGUCGAGGGAGACGUGGGGCAGGAAAGUCGGCCCUGGACCUGGACCGGCCAGGGCCAGGCGUACGGCGCCGUUGCUGGGGAGGGGUUGGUGUACCGGUGGCCGCAGCACUGCUGGGCAGCGCCGGUGGUGGCGCAGGCGAGCCCGGUGAUGUGGUCGUGGUGA